AUGACAAUUUCUAAUCUGUUGAAGCAGAGAGUUAGGUACGCUCCUUACCUCAAAAAAGUCAGAGAGGCUCACGAGCUUAUCCCACUGUUCAAGAAUGGCCAAUAUCUUGGCUGGUCUGGUUUUACAGGGGUUGGUACGCCCAAGGCAGUGCCGGAAGCGCUGAUAGAUCACGUGGAGAAGAACAAUUUGCAAGGGAAAUUGAGGUUCAACCUUUUCGUCGGAGCCUCUGCUGGUCCAGAGGAGAACCGUUGGGCUGAACAUGAUAUGAUUAUCAAGAGGGCCCCUCAUCAAGUGGGGAAACCCAUUGCGAAGGCUAUCAACCAGGGGAGAAUCGAGUUCUUCGACAAGCAUCUGUCCAUGUUCCCUCAGGAUCUGACGUAUGGUUUCUACACCAGGGAGAGAACCGACAACAAAAUUCUUGACUAUACUAUAAUCGAAGCCACCGCGAUCAAGGAGGACGGGUCUAUUGUUCCGGGCCCGUCCGUCGGCGGGUCUCCCGAAUUCAUCACGGUCAGUGACAAAGUGAUCAUUGAAGUCAACACGGCCACGCCUUCGUUCGAGGGCAUUCACGAUAUCGACAUGCCCGUGAACCCGCCUUUCAGAAAGCCGUAUCCGUACCUGAAAGUAGACGACAAAUGUGGUGUAGACUCCAUCCCAGUUGACCCCGAAAAAGUGGUUGCGAUCGUGGAGUCCACCAUGAGGGACCAGGUCCCACCAAACACGCCCUCCGACGAGAUGUCUAGAGCAAUUGCAGGUCACUUGGUCGAGUUCUUCAGGAACGAGGUCAAGCACGGUAGAUUGCCUGAAAACCUGUUGCCUUUGCAGAGCGGCAUUGGCAAUAUCGCUAACGCGGUCAUUGAAGGGCUUGCCGGGGCUCAAUUCAAGCAUCUAACUGUAUGGACCGAAGUGCUCCAGGACUCGUUCUUGGAUCUUUUCGACAACGGGUCUCUGGACUACGCCACUGCCACCUCCGUGAGACUGACCGAAAAGGGUUUCGACAGAGCUUUUGCCAACUGGGAGAAUUUCAAACACAAGUUGUGUCUGAGAUCUCAAGUGGUCUCGAACAACCCGGAAAUGAUCCGUAGAUUAGGCGUCAUUGCCAUGAAUACCCCGGUGGAGGUCGACAUUUAUGCCCAUGCCAAUUCCACAAACGUCAACGGUUCCCGUAUGUUGAACGGGUUGGGUGGAUCCGCAGACUUCCUGAGAAAUGCCAAGCUCUCCAUCAUGCACGCUCCGUCUGCGAGACCAACCAAAGUAGACCCCACUGGUAUUUCCACCAUCGUGCCCAUGGCCUCCCAUGUAGACCAAACUGAACACGAUCUGGACAUUUUAGUCACUGACCAAGGUUUGGCUGAUCUAAGAGGUCUAUCGCCCAAGGAAAGAGCCCGUGAGAUCAUCAACAAGUGCGCCCAUCCUGAUUACCAGGCUUUGCUGACCGAUUACUUGGACAGAUCGGAGCAUUAUGCCAAGAAGCAUAACUGCCUGCACGAACCACACAUGUUGAAGAACGCCUUCAAAUUCCACACCAAUUUGGCUGAGAAGGGCACCAUGAAGGUCGACAGUUGGGAGCCAGUUUACUAA